AUGCUGUCGCCAGGUCUCACGGCGUCGCUCCGACACGUCCAACCGACACUGCUGCGCAGCGCUGCUCAUACACAACGACAUGUCCUCCUCCUACCUGCACCUCGGAUCAUCAUCAGCUCGACCUUGCAUCCAUGUCGGCCGCUGACAACAUCCAGCCUCAUUUCUGCUCGCUUCGGUGCACCUCCAUCACGUCGCAGAGCAUCUCCCCACAUCGCAGCAGUAGCUGAAGACCAAGAAGAACCAGAAGCAGGCUUCUCGCAGCUCAACCUGCCACCGUCGCCAGAUGACGCUCAGCAGCCAUCGAUCUCGCGCGCUCUGCUCUUCUUCUUUGGCUUUUCGGCCAUCUCUUUCACGGGGGCGGCAUAUUACUCGUUACGCGACACGCAGCACGUCGCGGCGCUGCUACAUAGUUCGAAGGAUGUGUUUGCCAACAUCUCGUCGUUCUUCUCCAGCAGCAGCAUCGGUGGUCGCGGUGAUUCCAGCGAGGCAGCGGAUGUUUGGGGCCCGGGGGUGACGGAGCCCCGAUUGCAGAUCGCGAAGAAUCACGAGGUGGCCACACGGCUGGGGAUACGGCUCGAGUGGCUGGUGGGCUGGUGUCGUCAGCUGCACCUGCCCGAGAGCGUGACCGAGUUUGUCGGGCGGAGCUACCUGAUUGUCGCCGAGAAGUAUUUGGAUCUUUCGCCGGCAAAGCAGGUGGUUGUUCCUGUGAUCGCUGUCAACUCGAUCGUGUUUGGAUUGUGGACGCUUGCAUCUGCUCGACGCGGCGGGGGCAUGUGGCGCUGGAUGACGAGCAACUUUCUUCAUCGUCCCAGCAGCAACCGUACACGCACACUGCUCACUUCGGUAUACAGCCACCAGUCGCCCCUGCACUUUCUUUUUAACAACCUGGCGCUGUGGUCCAUCGGCGGAUCCGCAGUCUUGGUCGCUGCCACCGCUCACCCGUCUUGUACAAUCCCGGAAGCUUCCCCCCUGCCGCACUUCCUCGCCUUCUUCACGGCUGCGGGAAUCUUCGCCGCAACGGCCUCCCACGUCGUCGCCGCAGUCCGCUUCCGCCGCGCCUCGCGCCUCUACGGCCUCGCCCUCGCCAAAAGCACCCUCGGCCGCCAGGCAAGCCUUGGCUCCAGCGGCGCAAUCUACUCGACCCUCGUCAUGUCGGCCUUCGCGUUCCCCGAUGCGCAACUCGGCAUCCUGUUUGUGCCCUUCAUCAGCUUUCCGAUUGGGGCGGGCGUGGCAGGGCUGGUCGCCGCCGAUCUCGCAGGGCUGGUGCUGAGGUGGAGGACGUUUGAUCACGCUGCGCAUCUGGCGGGGGCAGCGUUUGGCGCUGUGUACUGGUGGGGUGGCGGAGAGGCGUGGCAGAGGGGUAAGAGGUGGUUGGUGCAGAGUGGGGCGUUGGAGAGAGGCGCGUAG